AUGGGCACCCAAGUUCUGUCCUUAAAAGACCAAGAUCAACCCACGUCUCCACAGCCGGAACAGACCGGUUGGCUCUACACCACGGAGGACACAAAGCUCCUACAGAAAAUGGGGGCCGUUUGGUGCCCACAACUAAAACGGUGGGUCUACACAGGGAAAACAGUUAUGCCUACAAAGAUGACCUUUGAAUUAAUCUCCUACCUACAUAAAUUAACACACCUGGGACUCAAGAAGAUGAAGACCCUCUUAAGACGAGAAGAGAUUGACACCUACCUCCUGGGACGAGAUCAGGCCUUGAGGGAGGUGACUGAAAGCUGCAGGGCCUGUGCUCAGGUAAACCCAGGAAAAGCUAAAAUUGGACAAGGAGUCCGUCCCCGAGGACAUCGGCCUGGUACCCACUGGGAAAUUGACUUCACUGAAAUCAAGCCUGGUAUGUACGGACACAAAUACCUCUUAGUGUUCAUAGAUACCUUCUCCGGAUGGGUAGAGGCUUUCCCCACGAAACAUGAAACGGCCAAGGUGGUGACCAAGAAGCUCCUCGAAGAAAUCUUCCCCAGCACAUCUUCAGGCCCUACAAAUCGUGCAGAGAGACAUCUGGAAACCUCUAGCCGCGGCCUACCAAGACAGGCUUGAACAACCGAC